UCGAUCCCUAAAGAAGCUCCUGAGCAAGCUCGUAAUCGAAUGACCUACGCUUCUUUUGGGCGUGAAGGCAUCACAGCAACUGCAAGCGCAUAUGGUCAUUUAUUACAAAUCACGCGCUAUUUUGGGAAUAAACCCUCCGGGUUCUUCUGUGUCGACCUUCCUCAUAUAUCCAACCCUUUUUAUGUUAAAACCCGCAUGGAAAAUUUGCAAAGCUCCUCCAAAGACUUUACUAAAGGGAUGCGUCUUCUCUUUCAUGAUGCUAAGGAGAGUAAAAGUUGGAUACCAGAUGGUGAAAUACCAGCCAUGAGCUUUAUCCAAGAUCGUUGGCCGUCAUUCAUCACACACACCCCAAUAUUUGACCUUAAGAUACAGUACUACAUAUUUGAUAAUACUGUGUAUCAGACAUAUAUAUUUACGCUUAAAGAUAAACUAUCGCUCCCUCAGCUAGUCCCAGUAUUAGCGAUAAGCGUCAAGUUGCUUCUUCGAAAUCUCAACUUCAUGGAAGACAAUGACGAAAACAAACGUGAAGGAAGUCAUUUCAACUAUGGUUACCGAGAGUGGAAUGAUGGCCAUUCUAUAAUGAGAAAACACGAGAUUCGUUCAUCUGGACAGGCGGGCCGAGACGUUGUUGCUUUGUCUAUAUCGCCGUUCUUAAACGGACGCCGUCAAAAGAUUACACUGGCUGAACAUGGUGGAGUUGACGGAUAUUGCACGAUACAACCAGAUGCACAAGCAUUAAAUGACUUGAAAAAUGACAGAAAGUUAGAGGUCACGCUAGCUUAUACACUAGAGCUGUCUUCGUCAAACUCCUUGGACGACAUGCUCCAGCCCGUUUAUUCUGCAUAUUAUUCUAGCUUUCAGAAAAUUAUUGGAACCCCACUUGCGACAAUACCGUUUACUCAAGAUGAGCAUCUCAAUUUUACUAUAAGGCGAAACUUGGAGCAUAUUCUCUCGGUUUGCUGCAUUCCUAUCCGAAAACUUUUAAGAGAUGUCCCCCCUGCCCAUGGCAGUUCAGCAAACCACAUCCAUACUCGUGAAGUGCCGCCACCGCUAAUUGCUUUAACGUGUGGAGAUAUUUCAGGUCAUCGAGUUGAGCCCUCAGCGAGCUUCUAUGCUUUUCAGUUUAUACUUGGUUUAUUGGAAUACUUUAAAAAUGCCAGACAGAAUUGUGCCUGCGCAUCGGAGAACAGGAGUCUGUGCAAAAAAUAUGGUUGUGGGAUGUAUUCCCGAGUCCGGGAUGCAUGUCUGGGACAUUUGAAGUGGAUUUGCCAUUGCUAUGCUCAAAGGGAGAUGGGGCCAGUUCGUCACUCCAUUCCUAGUUUCUGGGCCAGCGGGAAAGCAAUAUCCGAUUGGGAGAAUAAAUUUGGGUUAUCACAAUCUCCUCUUACUACCAUAAUAUUUCAAGUUAUCAAAGCUGGAUCUUUCUGUCAAACAAUAGCAGACGAGGAUUUACGACGCGACAUAGCUGCGGAUUUUAAAGAUAUCAUCCGGCACUUCAUUUUAGGUCUUCACCGAAAUAAAAAAAGGAGCGAGUACGUUUUCCCGCGCUUUAGAGAAGAGAUGCCGCAGACAUUUUAUACCAGCGAUCACGCCAAAUUUUGGUGGGCUAUCAAAUCUGCGGAAGUCAUACUCGGUUCGAACUCAUACCUCAACCCCAGCUCAUCAAUGAAGAUAGCAAAGAGCGAGAUAAGCUACUCCUCUAAUGAUAUUCAAAGAAGUAUCCACAAGAAUUUCAUUGCUGAGAAUCCGGACGCGGCAAGCACUUUAACUACGGUUUCCCGUAGUCUUUCUAAGAAUGAAUAUCUGCUGGGGAUUGAUGACACUGUUCUCUUUUAUACUAUGGAUAACGGGUUAUUUGAUAAACCCAAAGCUAUUCAAGAUGAAUCUGAUAUUUGGGGAAGUAAAAUCGAUGCAUGGGAGAAUACAGUUAAUUAUCAAGCGUUGAGUACAGAAGUUGGUCACGAUGCCGCCCGAAGCCGUCCACUUCAGCUGGCCUUAGCCACAAUUAUAUCAGCAAAUAAUAAAUGUAUUGGUUCUCAGUCAGCAGAAGACACAUAUAAAGACGCAAAAUCGGUACUUCUCUCCAGCACUUCGCCCAAUGGGCUCUUUCCAGGCCAAUUAGAUAAGGACUACCAGCCCACUUUAUUCGAUCGCCAGUCUGCCCGAGACCUCUUUUGGCACACUACAUUCGAAAUUCCUUACAUUUUAUGGAAAUACCGGGCACCGGUAUUUACAAAUAAGGGUGUGGUCACUCAAUCAUUAAAAAAAUCAUUGCAUAAGAUCGCCCAGCGGAUGGAGAAAAUACUCGACCAUCAGGAUGCAAUGGCAAGAGCACCGAGGUCGCUAAGUAACAUAAUGGAAAUCUCAGAUGAAUGGCUAUAUCACGAGCCAAGCUUCUUCAACGGCCCUCACAAUUUAUCAGAUGCAGCCAUGAGAAAUUUCUGUAAAACUCAUGAUGCACUCUACGGAUCAGUAAUACAGAAAGCAAUUGAAAAUAAACUGAACGACCAAGAUAACAUAAGCAUUCCGAUAGACAGGACUGUUGAAGAAGGAUAUAUUAUUGAUGUGCCAAAGAAAGACCAGGUCGAAGACGCGACAGGUAGAUAUUGGCAUCUUGAGUUCGUCCAAACAAAAAAUGUCAAACACAUUAUUAAGAGAGAACGAACCUCGACAAGCGCAAAGAAGAGAUUUUUAUAUUUUCGCCCUCUCACACUUGCUACCGCAUUGGCUUGCUACAUUGCAUCUUCUGAGCAAGAAGCUAUUUCUGCUUACUUUGAUCGACACGCAUCAUACAGUCGAUAUUUCUUGGGAGAAACAACGGCAGCGCUCAACAAAUGGGUGACUGAGCUGCAUCUUCCUUUCUAUCGGAUUACGAAAAAAAAUCUUUCCGUUCCCAUGCAUGCUAAUCUCCCUAAUGUAAUCACACUCCCCGGUGAAGGAAGCGAGGAGAAUUUGCAUUGGAUUAGUCGAACUACAAUGAGUUUUCGAGUCGAUGGAGAUAUUUUUGACCGUUUCUGGACAUGUCAUUUCAUUGAAUAUAAUCAAUGGAAGAUGAACAAGGAAGGAGGGAUUGCAUCUGACAUCAUUAAGAUUGCAAAUAAAAAGAUUGGUGCGUCACAGGGGGGUCCAUGGAGACAGCGAAAGGUCUUAGAGCUUGUCUUACUUGAUAUGAUGCUGGACGAGAUGCUAGACGCUGCAAAACAAAUCCUUCUUGAUGUUCAAGGGAGGGUUGAAAAACAUUUGAAACUCGCCACUCGUCAACAGGAUGGAGAUGAGACCGCGCUUAUAUCCGCAAUUUCAGAUCGUUUUAAUCUCAUUGAUAAACUCGAUAACAACACAUUCCAGCACUUAAGCCAUCUAUGGAAUGAUCUACGGCGAAUACUUCAAGUCAUCAAAGACGAACUUUAUGAAAAUUUGAAGACAAUUCAGCUGUGGACGGAUCGAGGCAAAGAGCAAGGACGAGAUAAACCACGAUGGACAGCCAAUGAUGAGCGAAAAUACCGAAGAGCUAUAUUCAAGCUGCAGGAAUCAAACGGCCAAAAAAUUCAUGAACUAUACCGUUUUAUCACUACUAUCACGUAUUUUGACACGGCCCUCACAAAGAAAAUAGAGAAUGUGCGCAAUGAACGUGACUACCGUGGCAACAAUGAUAUUCGCCUUUUCACGUACGUUACAGUCGUUUUCGUCCCACUCAGUUUCGGUACCAGCUUGUAUAGCAUGAGCGGAUCGCCUUCACCACAAACGAUUGUACACAUGGUUAUAACUGCAGCCGUUGCCCUGUUGGUUACUACCUUUGCUUUGGUUAACGCCAAUCUGUUGGACAAAGGCUUGAGGCCUAUUUUCAAUGGAGCUAGUCGUAUAUCUGAGUCGGUUGCUAAACCAGCAUAUCAUGGGAUUUUCAUAUCAGUGCAUUGGAUAACUAAACUAUUAUAUGACAAAUUAGUCGACCCAGUCUUCUACCUCCUAGCGCGCUAUUUGUUCAUUCCACUCUUUUAUAAAUUAAAGCGUUCUGAAUUUCUUCUCCCCGAAGCUAUCGAAGACAUUGUUGGCUUGAUUAAAAGAUUGAAACCAGUUGCCAAGGCAUAUAAAAACUGGAAACAGAAAGAGGAAGCCGAAGCAAUCGAAUCAGAAAUGCAAAAUAGAGUAAAUAUUCAAGAGCUCUUUAGACAAUCGGACUCCUCUAUGGAAAGCUGAAUAUUAUGUGGAAGGAGAAAUAUUAUAGCAAGUUGGAGGAUAAUUAACACACUUAAACAUUACAAUUAGAGGCUAGAUGAAAAUAAAGCAAGCGGAGAUUUCGCCAAUGAGCAGAGAAUGCGGUAAAUUAAGAUUGUGGC